GAUGCCAUGAGAGGUCAGCAGUUCAAACAAAUAUGAUUAAUUGUUCUCCCGAAGAUUUUACAAAGGAAUUCAAGAGAGAGGGGAAACGGCUGCUGAGGAGUCUCAUCGGAAUUCUGAAGACCAGCAGGCAAGCGCCCAUUCAGUGACGCCCUCCCUCUCCGCUGCCGUCUACGCCAAUGGCGCCCCUUCUCCGCUCUCGUGGCCUCCUCCUCCGUCGGCCCUUUCACCUCCUCCUUCCACGACUUUACGGAUCCGUCUCUCCUGAAGGCGGGAUCGACCUGAUGAACCCUACUUAUGUCGUCUGGGGUUCCAACACCGGCGUGGGAAAAACCCUCGUCUCCGCCGGCCUUGCGGCCUCCGUCCUUUCCCAAUCAUCCCAUGGUCCUUCCUCAUUUCUCUACCUGAAGCCCGUCCAAACCGGAUUCCCCGUGGACUCCGACUCCCGGUUCGUCAGCCGGAAGGUCUCCGCCCUCUUCCGCAGACUUCACGGCAACUUCCCAACUGGCCUUCUCGUAUCUGACCACGUUUUGAACGCUUCGAGCGCUGCUGCUGCGGAGUUGCUCGGAGGUAGGCUUGAUAAACGGGAGGAGACCGAGGGACGUGAUGAGGCAGGAUCAGGAGGUCUCUGUGCGUACGAGGAGACGCGUAUUGGAAAAGAAGAACUAGAAGAGGGAGAUUUUAGGUUGGUUUGCAAGACGUUGUUUGGAUGGAAGGAGGCCAUUUCGCCGCAUCUAGCUGUACAGAGAGAGGGCAUGCUGGUUGAAGACUCUUCUUUGAGAAAGCUACUGGGAAAGUGUUUGAGGCUUUCACUGCAAGGGGGAGGUGAUGGCAGUAGGGAGAGAGUUUGGCGAGUGAUUGAGACCGCUGGAGGUGUUGCAAGCCCUGGACCUUCUGGAACUCUUCAAUGUGAUUUAUAUAGGCCUUUCAGAUUUCCUUCCAUUCUGGUUGGAGAUGGUCGUUUGGGUGGAAUUUCUGGAACUAUAGCUGCAUAUGAGUGUCUGACUCUUAGAGGAUAUGAUGUUGCAGCUAUUAUUUUGGAGGAUCAUGGCUUUUCUAAUGAAGUGCGCCUACAGUCAUACCUACGAAAUAGGCUACCUGUGCUUAUGCUGCCACCAAUUCCUCAAGAUCCAAUAAACGACUUGCUGGAUUGGUUUUAUGAAUCUGGAAAGGUUUUCAGUUCCCUUCAGGAAGUCUUGGUGUCUGCUCAUUUAAAAAGAAUUCAAAGAUUGCAUGAUAUGCCAAGAAAGGCAGGCAACCUUUUCUGGUGGCCAUUCACACAACACAAACUGGUUCCUGAAGAGACUAUUACUGUCAUUGACUCACGCUGUGGUGAGAAUUUUGCUAUACACAAGGUUUGGAAUGAUCAAGAGAUGAUCAUUCCACAGUUUGAUGCAUGUGCAAGUUGGUGGACUCAAGGGCCUGAUUCUAAUUUGCAAAUUGAACUUGCCAAAGACAUUGGAUAUUCUGCUGCAAGGUAUGGGCAUGUAAUGUUUCCGGAGAAUGUGUAUGAACCUGCGUUGCAAUGUGCUGAGCUUUUACUUGAUGGGGUUGGAAAAGGAUGGGCAUCUCGAACUUACUUUUCUGACAAUGGAUCUACAGCAGUUGAAAUUGCUCUGAAGAUGGCUUUUCGCAAAUACAUGUUGGACCAUUGCAUCAAUGCAGAUUUUCACAAGAUUAGUUCACUAGAAGGAUGUGUAGACCUCAAGGUAGAUUUCCCAGUUUUGUGUCCAUUCUCCUUGUUCAUUUCAUUCUUGCUAAUCUUAUUAAUGAUGAAUGCUUUUUCUUAG